AUGACUGUCACAGGAGGGGUGUCCCUGUUUACCACUGUCACAGGAGGGGUGUCCCUGGGUACCACUGACUGUCACAGGAGGGGUGUUCAUGGUUACCAUGGUCGCAGGUGGGUUUCCCUGGUUACCACUGAGUGUCAGAGAUGCGUGUCCCUGGUUACCACCGACUGUCAUUUGUGCGUGUCCUUGUUAACCACGGUCACAGGAAAGGUGUCCGUGGUUUCCAGUGACUGUCACAGUAGGGGUGUCCUUGCUUACCAUGGUCACAUGUGGGUUUCCCUGGUUACCACUGACUGUCACAUGAGUGUGACCCUGGUUCCCACUGUCACAGGAGGGGUGUUCCUGUUUACCACCGACUGUCACAGGAGGUUUGUCCCUGGUUACCACCGACUGUCACAGGCCGGUGUCCCUGGGCACUGUGAAUGUCAUAGGUCUGUUUCCCUGGUUACCACAGAUUGUCAGAGGUGA